AUGACUGCUGCACCUCCGGUGCCUCACGCCGUCCCCGAGGGCCUCAACGGGGCUCCUGGUCAUCUCGCACACAGUCUUCCACGCUAUCAGGCUAUCGCCAUGAAUCCUAAUCCGCCUUCUCACCCAGCAAUGCCUCCACCAGAGCAAAUGGUUCAAAAUCAUCACUAUCGUCACUAUCCGCCUCCACCUUUGCACGAUCCUCAUGCAGGACCGCCUCCCCCACCACCGCCAGCGGCCUUGUCCUCUCUAGAUCAGAUCGAAGCCCGCUUGCGUCAAUUGGAGCAUGAAGAAAUGAACCGGAUGGCAGCUCGGCAUCACCUACUUGCAAUCCGCAAGCGUGAAGAUGAAGAAUUCCGUAGAAUGACCGAGAGCGCCGAGGCUGAGGAGGAGGAUCUUCGAAGACAACGCAAAAGGAUUAAGAGAGAGUCGAUGGGCCUAGGACCUAACCAGACAAUGGACUCGCCGCCAAUGCGGCCAACACCACCACGCCGGUUGUCCGAGACCAGCGCGGCCACGACGUUGGCCUUCUUCAAGCAGCAGAGCCCUCCGGAACCUCGCCAGACACCACUACCACCAGUAUCACGCACACCACAACCGCCUCCUAUGCCUCCACCUACUCAUAUGCAUCCUCAACCUCAUCACGCUCCUCCACCUCCACCUCCUCCACCUCAACACCCUCAACACCCUCAACACCCACAUGCCCAUCAAAAUCAACAUCAGCACCCCAUUAAUCCCCACGAUGCCGUCAAUGGCGCAGGAUCUAUCCGGCGCAAGCAAAAGUAUACAAUCAAGAACGUCGAGGCAUGGGGCGAACGUCAUGGCCGCCCAGCAGCCCACGAUCCCUCCGGCCGCGCUUUAUGGAAGCGGCCCUCCGAUGGAAGUCUAGUCUAUUUAACUUGCCCGAUUCACGGCUGCGGUAAAUCCGACUUUGUCACACUGCACGGCUUCAUGUGCCACUUGACUAAGAAGCAUAAAGAUCGCACCUUGGGCAGUCAAUCGCGUGCGCUCGAGAUGUGUGGUAUUGUCUACGAUCCGAAUGCGCCGUUGCCGCCAGUGCAAGCCUCGAAUCGCGGAUCGAUGGAAGAUAGUCCUAUGGAGGGGGGUCCUGAUGAUGAGGGCCAUGAUCCCGAGCUCGACUCGGAGCCCGAGGACAGCGAAGAGCCUCGUGACGAGAUCUAUCGAGUCAAGACUGAGGCGACGGAACGCUCUCUUCCUGAUACGGUUGAUACUCCCGUCUCACAAGAUGCUUCGCCUAUACCGCCCAAACCGGCCAUGAACGGCUCGAUUAAACAGUCGAUCUCUUCUAUUAUCGACCGCACUCCAGAAUCUGAACCUCGGGAAGCGUUGGCAUCAUUGACACCCUCUGAAUCCGUCUCCCAGGGACCAGCUCCCGUAUCCUUGGAACAGUCUAUUCCCGCAAAGCGGAAAUACGAGUACUCACCCGAGAAGGAGAACACGGAGCCGAAAGAAGGCUCUGCAACGGAGUAA